AUCUGCAAGCGAGGCCAGUCCAGUUAGGCACAUCGGCGCAUCAAGACUUCAGUGAAACGACUCUCAUCUCAGCCGCGAUGGUUGAGCCGACAAGCGUGUUGGUGGCGGUGGUGGUCGUCCUGGUGGCGGCCCUCGUCAAUACGUGGUACCGCCACGGCUACUGGCGCAAGCGCAGCGUGCCCACGGCUUCCGGCCGCCUGCCCAUCAUCGGGAACAUGCUGCCCGUCGUGCUGGGGAAGAAGAGCUUCAUCGAGCACUUCUACGACAUGUCGCUGGAGCACCGCGACAACGGCUACUGCGGCAUCUACUCGUGGAACGUGCCCAUGCUGCUGGUGUUCGACCCCGAGAUGGUGAAGCAGGUCGUCUGCAAGGACUUCUCCAGCUUCCACGACCGCGGCCUGCCGUCAUCGGAUAGAGACCCCCUCAGCCAGCACCUGUUCAACUUAAACGGCACCAAGUGGCGGAACCUGCGCAACCGGCUGUCGCCCACCUUCACUUCCGGCAAGCUCAAGCUCAUGUUCCCCUUGAUGCGCGACAUCGGCGACCAGCUGAGCACCACGGGCUAGAUUUGACAGCGUACC